AUGGCACUCACUAAUCUGCCUGUCGAAAUUCUUGAGCACAUAGUCAGGCAUGCCCUGCCAGAGGGAUUUGAGAGCCUGGCUUUAACCUGUCGGAAGAUCUAUGCAAUGUGCACACCGUUCAUUGCACGGCACAACUUACUACGGUCGCAUUUCCAACAUGUGAUCUUUUAUGAAAAGAUGGGAGACCCACUAUACACCAUCAGAUCAGCCUUCGAUCUAAUUGCACGUAUUGUAACUGAGCCUAUUGUAGCACGUUACGUACGGUACUUAGAGUCCAAGGUUGACAGCUGUUUCCUCUAUCACCGACCCCGCCAUCUCUAUCCAGAUGUCAAUUGCGGCGACGUCGUGAUCAAAUCCUUUGCCGAGUCGCCGUACCUUAAACAAGCAGGUCUCGACUGGCAAGAAUAUUAUGACGAGAUUGAAAAGGAUCUCGAAGCCGCUCGAUACUCGCAGUAUGCGGCAGCUUUUCUGCUGACGCUUCUACCGAACGUCGAGAAGAUUGCGCUACCUAAGAAAUGGAAAUCUGUCCUCGCAACUGACAAGCUCAUUGACGCCGUCAUUCACAAGGCCCGGCAAUCAUAUCAUCUCCCGUUUGAUACAUCGAGCCUGACCAAGCUUACUGAGUUCGAGGAUUCUGUCCCUUUGAAUGCGCACCAGCGCUUCGACAUGGCUUUGGCGAGCCCAUUCCUGGCUCUACCUCGCGUGCGGUCUUUCUGGGGCCCUAGCUGUGUGGCUAGGCAGGACAGUGGUCACCAGAGCAUAGACAAAUCCCAGCUUACAUAUCCAUUCGGGGAGUCACUUGAGACGGUUGACUUUGUAAGCAGUGACAUAGACCCUGCAGGGAUUGCCAUAUUUCUCAAACACACCACACGCCUGAGAAAGCUGACGUACUCGCACGCAUCUAAAGACAGUGAAGGCCCUCAUGACGACGACUGGGAUAUCUGCAACUUCGUGACGAAAAUAGAGCACGCGGUCGGAGCCCAUCUCGAAGAGCUUUCUAUUUCAAUCCGCGAACUGCGAGGAUCACUUACUCCUGGUAGGGCAUCACUGCGCGGCUUUCAGCAACUACGAAAGCUCGAGCUCCCCAUUGAAUUCGCCGUGUGUAAUGCUAGUGCCGACGCCGCUGCGGACCGCAAUAUCAUCUUGUCGCUAGAAUCUUUGACUAUCGAAGACGGUUCAACAAACCACCCCACAUCGGACAACAAGCAGCCAAUACUUGGACACCUUAUUCCUCCAUCAGUCCGUCAGCUGUCGUUACUCUCAUCUGGCGCACAGGAUCAUGCGAAGGCGCUCGAGGUUAUAUUUCGGCACUUCGCCGCUAAGAAGCCAUCCAAAUUGCCUGCUCUUGAGGAGAUCUACUUGUCUUGCCCUGACAGUGCUGACGAUUUGUACAAGGAGGAAUGCGCUGAAUUGCAGGCGGAGACCGAGAAGGCGGGCGUGGUCUUGCAUUUGAAGGCGUGGUCAUUCAACUUUUUAUAG